AUGCACUGUCAGGUAUUUUUCAGCCUUCAUGCAUUAAUAUGGUUCUGCAAGAUCCCAGCUACAGGAGCAACAAAAUCCACCCCCGCCCCCCAGACUGCUGGACAACUGCCUAGAUUUCCAACUUCCCAGUUAAUUUCCUCCGUAAGCUUCCCCAAACUCAGCAUCCCAAGGUUGCAAAAAUCUGGAACCCCCUCCAGAAACAGGAAGGUAGCAAAUUUAGUCUCUCUCCUGAAUCACUUGUGUAAUAAGAGUGCCUUUGCAGCUUUGCCCCAAAGUGCUACUUAUGUUUCCCAAGGUCUUUUCUAUUUAAAUUGUAUUUUUGUUUCAGGCCAGGCUGUAACAAAUCUCCUUUGUCUAGAGUGA